AUGAACGGCGAACGACAAUGGCUCGUUCUUGUUGGCCUAGCUUUAUUAACGUUUAUAUUUACUGCUAUAAAUGGUCACCCAUUUCGCGAGCAAGAUACUGGAUUUGGCAUAAAGGAUGAUCCUGCUGAAAACCAACCGCUUAGCUUGGCUGAGAGGGACACGACAGGAAAAGCUGGCGAUGCCAGUAUUGAACCGAUUUCAGACAUUUCAGGCACCGCGAAUUCAGCUGGAAAUGCCUCUACAACCGCUUCGGCAAUUCCAACGACUAAUUCUACCAGCCUUGGGCCAAAUAAUACGACAAAGAGCCCUGAACCUUUCAAUAAUUCAACGUUUAAUCAAAAUGUCACAACUGAUGCUCAAAACAAGACGAAAAAUUUAACAACUACAGCGUCGCGACAAAAUGUAGCGAUUAUUGCGACGACAGCAGUCCAGACAGGUAAUACCCUCAUCUUGACAAGUAUUCGAAGCCGUAGUGUAAACAUGAAAAUAAAUCCAAGUCAAACAAUCAAAAUUGUCCCGAAAAAUUCGAGUGGGAUAGGCUUGGCCACGUAUACAAGGUCAUUAAAGCUUUCCCUCACACAGACCCCCUCUGAGGGCAGUUUAAAGCUUUCUGCAAUUCGUUCUGCUUCCGCGAGUUUAAACCCAAGUAAGUCAGCUACCAUAAUGGUCAAGCCAACAGUUGCUGUUAGUUCAGCUGCUCCAUCUUCUAAUCCACCAUCUACCCAGAAGUUAUCUGGGGCACCAUCUACUCGUCAUCCCUCUGGGACACCAUCCACCCAGGUUCCUUCUGGAAAACUAUCUAAUUCACCAACUAUCCAGAGCUCUUCUGUGGCACCAUCUACCGAGAGUUCUUUUGUGGUAUUGUCUACCAAGGCUCCUAAUCCAGGGACACAAUCUACCCAGCAUUCAUCUGAUGCACCAUCCACUGAGGGUGCAACAGAAGUGCCAUCAACAAGUGGUACAAAAGUACCAUCAACCCAAACAACACAAAAAGUAACAGUUACUGGUGCAAGUACAAAACUAUCCAGCCCAACAUCUCAAAAACUACCAUCUACUAGUAAACCAUCAACAGUACUGUCAACUGGUCCAGUAUCAUCAUUACCACCAACGACAGUUAAAGCGCCAGAGUCUACAUCAAACCAUGCAAGUAGUGAAAAACCUUCUACCAAAGUAUCAACACAACAAAGUACAAGAAAGCCUACAACACAAGGAAUUGAAAAAACAGAAAAACCAUCAACAAAGGUUAUUUCUGUCGCUCCAACGACAAAGGAAGCUACAACUACAGUUCCUAAAGAACCAACAACAAAUGUGAAGUCAAAAACAACAAAAGCAGCAACAACAAAAGCAGCAACAACAAAAGCAGCAACAACAAAAGCAGCAACGAAAAAAGCAACAAUGAAAAAAGAAGCAACAAAAAAACCAAUAGCUGUGAAAACCAAAGCAAGAAAUCAAAAUGGUAAAAAUCCAUAAUAUUUUAUGUGUUUAAGAGAUUGUUUGUUCCUAGUAUGUUUUAUUGAAAGAAAAUAUUUAUUGGAAAUUCUAAAUUGUUUUCAAUUUUUUUUAGACGAGGGAAGAAUGCCCCCUCCAGAUCAGGUAAUCUUAUAGCUUUAUUUUCAAACAUUUAAAAAAUUAUUGAUAUUUAAUCCACUAAUGCCCAGCACUUGACCCUUUUAUGAUCAAAACUGUUUGGCAUAAGACAUGGUUAACAAAGUAUAGCUUCAGGGCAAUCUUUACAAAACACAUUGGCAAUCAUCUCCCUCAUGAUGAGUUGAAAUCUUCUUUGAAUAGACAGAAUAAAAUAAUAAAGUAGGCAAUAUUGGGCACAUUGUGGCUUAAAGGUUUAUUGACAGACAUGGGCAGAGAGUCAGAUUUACCCAUUAAAACAUGACACUUUACCCUCGACCAGCAAAAUUGUCUGACAUUAGGCAGAGUAAAAUAACAAAGUAGAGAACAUUGUAGAUUACCCAUUGAGUUGUAUUGUACCCUAAUAUGCGUUACCUUACCCUAAUAUGCCUUAUUUUACUCUGUCCAAUGCCAGAUUAUUUUAUUCUGUCUAAGUGCCAGAUGAUGUUACUCAUUAAGGGGAGACCACCGGUUUAAAAUGUUAAAAAGUUGCCAGUGAAUUUGGACUGCAAGGACAUAACAAGAAGAUUUUAACUGUAUUUAAAUGAAAUCAAAUUUGAUGCAAAUUUAUCAUUUCUGUUUACAUUGGAUACAGGGCAAAGAAGCAGUUCUUUGGGACUUCAUAGUUCCUGUAGCAAUUGGAACUGGUGUAGCUUUAGCCAUUGCAUUUGGCGUCGUCUUGGUCCGAGCUUGUCGACGAAGAAAAUUAAUUAAAGUACGAUUUGGAGGAAAGGUUAGUAGGAUUUUUUUAUAUAAUUAGGCCAAGAUUUGGAUAGUUCGGACCAUACACUGCACCUCUACUUUUGAAAUAUCAUUUUCUAAUAGUUCAGAUACAAACCAUUGCAUCAAAAAACUGCGGAGCGGCUAAAAAAUACAAGUAAAACGUCGACGUUUCAAGCGAAGAAGGCCCUUCGUCGAUUUUACUUGUGUUUUUUAAGUAGUUGAAUCCAUAUCAAUCCGCGCGUAGUUGUCUGGUGUUAUUUGUCACCACCUACGCAGACCGUUCGAGUUUAUUUCACAAACCAUUGCAGCUUAUUGUAGAACACUACCAGCAUCGGACCCCAAUGAUUAUGUUUAAUAAAGAUUGAUAUCGAACUCGAAGGAACUAGACUCCGAAAUAUCACCAACUCGAACCGACUUGACCUCGUAGCUAAGUUGGUAGAGCAUUGGUCUAGUAUCCCAAAGGGCAAAGGUCGCGGGUUUGAUUCCCACCGUGGUCAGGUAAACUUCAGCUUGCCCGGUGUGGAUGCACACUCACAGUAACAUUACAAACAACAUCUUGUAAUUCUUUUAGUCAAGUCAUCCAAGAUUGUUGAACAAUGAUUUGAUUAAUCUGCUAGCAGAAUCUGAUGACGAAGAAGAAUAAUAAAUUUGCUGUACGAACAAACUGUAAAAAUAAUUUGUCUGCAGUGGCCAGUGACAACGCAAUGCUGCACGGGCGUUUUAAACAGAUUUAUAAUAUAUAUAUUUGUAAUUUGUUAGUUAUUUUCAUCGGGGGAAAGUGGGGAUUGGAGUAAUUUCUCGACACAGUGUUUUAUCAUACAGAUGUCAAAGCCAUUAUGAGUGUAUGCUGUAUGUAAACUUGAUAUUCGCCUUUCUCGUGCUGAAUUUAUUUGCCAUUUCUCGGUUAUUGCACCUCCCCAAGUUUGAGAGUGUAUACCCACCGCGAAUUGCGACCAUUUGUCACUCUAGUUGUGUGUACAAUAGUGAAUUUGGCAAAUACAACGGCAAUGCCUAUGAAGACGUGAUUAUCAACAAUAGAAUUCUUAUUCAAAGGCGACUAUAUAAAAUAUUUCCUUGAGCAUUCUAGUACACCGUAGUUGUUCAAACUGCUACAUCAUUUGCACGGUUCAUGACCACGCCAACAUUCAACAAUUAAAAUGUGUGGGUGCAUGUUUCAUGUUAAUUCGUAGUCACAGACCAUUGCUUCUUAAGGAGUUAAGGUUGUUUCAAAGAAAGAUAAGUUUUGGUUACCAAAGUUUUAUUUAAAUCGUAAUUAUCGCAAGAACCGCAUCGCAAGAGUCGCAACGAUUUUAAAAACGCGAAAAUUUUAAUAAAAACUGCGAUUUAUUGGAAACUUGAGUUACGCCGAUAACCUUAUAAGACUGUUACGACAAUGUCGCAAAGAUAGAAUUACUGCGAUUUUUGCGAUAGCGAUGUCUGCGUUCCGCGACUAUUGCAAUGAUUACGAUUUAAUGGCAACCAGGCUUAAUAUCAACAAAGCGACUUUUCAAAUUUAAAGUUGCAACUGUAUUAUUUGAGAGUUUGGAAACCGACAACGGUAACAGGCAGAAAACAAAGCUUGACGUUUACGGCAAACGUCAAACCGCUAACGAAGUGUUUGAUAUUACAACUCUAUUAUAACAGUUUUUACACCAGUUUUGAAAUAUAUUAAACAAUUAUUAAACUUGUGCUCUUUGGCAAUGAUUUAAAAAAGCAAAUUAACCACUAGUCGCGUAUUCACCAAAGCAGUAAAUUAAGAUCUGGCGUUUGAAGUUGACGUUUGGCGUAUAAAUUUUAUGCUUGACUGCUACGAGGGUUUGUAGUCCUUAAAGCAUUAAAUUUAUACGCCAAACGUAAGCUUCAAACGCUAAACGGUCUCUACUAUACCGGUAUAGACACAUAAAUUCUUCGACGUGGGAAGACAGUACCCCAAAAAUGGCGAAAAUGUUCAAAACACCCUUCCGGAAAAUACUUCGCCUUGGCUGUAGAACACUAUAGAACCUAAUUUUCGGAAUGGAGAUAUUGACUUUAGAGUCCUUUGUCUUGUUGCCGACGACUUCAUUAAAUAAAGCUCUUCUGUAUUAUGUAAUAUAAAAUUAUUUCGUAAAUAUGUCACCUGCAAUGGCUGUAUUCUGUAACAAGAUCAUUCUAAAGCCGAUAAUGCGAUAUCCCGUAAACGAAGCGCUAUAGCCAAGCUAAGUAUUAUUCCGAAGGGUGUAUUUAUUUACUGAAUAUUGACCGAUUCGGAAACUAGCUACCACAACUCUGCAUUAUUUUGUGGGUUAAUAAAUAGCAGGCUAAUACACAAUUUUUCAACAAAGAUUAUUUAUGGCAAACUGUAAGAAUUUAAGAUUGACAACAAUCCAUGCCAGCGAAAUUAUAGCCCUUUGCCUUGGUGGCUUUGAAAUGUGCAAAAGCACCAAAACGAGAUUAACGACGCCCUCUCUUCUCCCGCCCGCAUUAAACGCCUGCUACCGCAGACUAAGAUUAGUUUGGCUUGCUUGCUUGCUAAAACUAGCACUAAAAUUGACAACUAUUUUUGAAUCGGUCCAUAUUGUGUCGGCCAAUUAUGGGUAAUUACAAGACUUGGCUGUUCCUUGAGACUUUAUAAUGGAUUGUUGCGUUUUUGUUGCACGAAAGAUUUUGCUAUAUUUAGCUGGUACACUUUCCUGAGUAGGGAGGGUUCAGAAAUAUGAAUAAUACUAGUAACUUAUAACGAUAUCCCAGUUAGCUGGCUUUGAAGGUGACAAUCUAAACAACAACUUAAUCUCAGACGGCACGCCCGAUACAGUGGAAAUACUGCAGAAUAUAUUUACUAAACCAUGGUCAAAACUUCCUGAAACCAUAAUCCCUAGUCUUGAAGACGUAGCGUCAUCACUGAGGCAAGAAAAUCCUCCUACUCCCUCAAUUGGACAGGUUAAGACUGCCUUGAAACAACUAAACUCUAAAAAAGCUACCGGGUCCGAUGGGAUUCCAGCAUGGGUGCUUAAACGAUACUGUGAAGAACUAGCGCCCAUCGUUCAUGACAUUAUUUGCGCCAGUAUAAAAGAAUGUGAAUAUCCAACUGCGUAUAAACACGCCUUAGUUAUCCCAGUUCCGAAGGUCAAUCCACCAAGAGAUAUCGAGAAUGACUUUCGCCAGAUAUCCAUUCUUCCCCAAAUGGCUAAAGUGCUGGAAAAGCUGCAGCUCAAACUGAACCUUCCCAGUUCACGUAUAAAUGAUAAUCAGCAUGCCUUUACAAGCAAACGAUCAACCGUGUCCGCACUCACCAACAUCUCGCAGAACUGGUUUAAUGUGACCGACAAUACGCAUAGCGCCAAAAAUGGAGUUCAUGCACUAUUCAUAGAUUUUCGCAAAGCGUUUGACCUUGUUGACCACGGAAUUCUACUUCGUAAGCUCGCAGAAAUGAAUGUAACCAAAGCCUUUUGGCUAUGGAAACGUAGCUUUCUGGAAGAUAGAAGACAACAGGUCAAACUAGCAGGAACCCUAUCAUCGGUCAAACCUUGUCCUGCAGGAGUCCCACAAGGUUCUGUGAUGUCCCCCGCUCUUUUUAAUAUUCACAUUAACGAUAUUAGGGCCAUUUAUACGGAACAAAAUAAGACGCGACUUACAUAAGACGCGACUUAGGUAAGACGCGAGUUUGUCGUAUAAAAGGUACAAAAUUCUUAUGUAAGACGCGUCUUGGAUAAGACGCGUCUUACAUAAGAACUGGGGCCGGUUGUAUAAAACUCUUAAUUACUUUUUAAUCACUAUUUUGUAGUUAAAUAGUGAUUAACUCUCAAAUACGCGCUUCUUAUUGGAUGACGUUUCCACUAACUAUAGUUAACUUUAAUCACUUUUUUAUACAACCGGCCCCAGGUCUUUUAGCUGUUCUUAUUUAAGUCGCGUCUUAAAUAAGAAAUUUUGGACAAAAAGUCUAACUACACAUGCCAGAAACUUGAAACAACGUAAAAUUAUUAGCCUUGCAUAUUAAAACAAAAACAAACAAAACAACAUUAUAGCUAUAGCAAAUAAAUAAGACCAAAACCGUAGAGAACCAUUUAUGCGAUAACUCCGCUUAUUUAAGUCGCGUCUUAUGUAAGUCGCGACUUAUUUUGUCAUGUAUAAAUGGCCCUAUUGAGAACUCAAUCCCAGAUGGAUUAUCCAUAAAUAUAUGCAAAUACGCGGAUGAUUGUACACAGGACGAAGUGGUGUCACAAGGUUCAUCCAGCCAUAUGCAGGAGGCCCUUGAAGCAGUACAAGAAUGGUCUAAUAGGAACAAAAUGACGAUAAAUUCGAAGAAAACAAAAGAUAUGUGGAUAUGUUUUAACACAGCAAUACCGGCACCAGAACCAUUGGUCAUUGGAAACGAGGUAGUGGAAAGAGUAAAUUCUCAUAAACUGUUGGGUGUCUGGCAUCAAAACAAUUUGAAAUGGAACUGUCAUGUCAAGAACAUUGUAAGGAAAGCAAAAAAACGAAUGUUUAGUCUGAGAGAAUGCCGUAGGGCGAAUCUUCCUCCUGAGGUCGGUAUUACAUGUUAUGAAUCCAAGAUUAGACCUGUUUUAGAAUAUGCAGCUCCGAUAUGGGGUGGUUUACCACAAUAUCUCAUUGAUGAAAUAGAGAGCAUUCAAAACAGAUGCAUCAAAAUCCUCGGCACAUCUCGGUGCAACUUUGAAACGCUAGAACAAAGAAGGGCACACCUAACUGUUAAGGAAUACCAAAGAAUUCUAAGUGAUCCGACCAACCCAUGUAAUAAACUUAUCCCCCAACUUUUUACCCAUGAACACGAUCUAAGAACAACAAAUAAUCUACCAUAUGUUGUAUCGUAUACUAAAAGACACCGGCAAUCCUUUAUACCUAGAGCUAUAUCCCUUUUAAAACAGUCGUAA